AGAGAGCUGUUGUCACGACAUUGUUUGAAAGGAAGUAUUAUUAUAUUAUGGUAAGCAAGUGGCCGGAAAGAUCAACAUUUUUGUCAGAAUUGCGAAUAUUGUCGGUACAAUCGUUUAAAAACAACAACUAGGACGACAGAAGUGGCUGGUUCUAUCACCAUUGUUUUAGCCUGUUUUGUCGAAUCUAAGCCGUUGUUAAUAUUCAAAAAUGCGAUAAAUCGAAUAGAAAAAAAUCAAAAAACGCUUUACCGAUAUUCAGCACUUGUGUGUGGGCUUGAUUAUUAAGCUUUCUAAAUCAUUUUCGAAGUUAUUUGGUUAUCAUGACAGACUUUUUAUGUAUUAAUUACAUUUUUAAGUAUAGAAUUAUAUUUUGUUAUAAAACUAAAUGUUACGGUAUAUUUCAAGUUGGGUUCGUAGAUCAAUAUAUAUAAUAUAGUCAUGGCUUCUGGUGGAAAUAGCACAACAGUUAUCAGUAUCACCAACGACAACGUCGAACAGGAAAAAUACACUGGUCGGAAAUUAGCAAGUUCGUUGGAUCUCUUGGCUAAAAUAAAUGACGAGUUUCUUACUUGUCAGAUAUGUUUCGAAACUUAUACAUCCCCAAAGAGCCUCAGCUGUCAACAUACUUUCUGCAAGAAGUGUCUUCAAGACUAUCUUACCCCGAAUGCAUCUGCUCUGCUAUGUCCCACUUGUCGAUGUUCCCAGACACUGACAAGCGAUGGAAUACAAGGACUAAAAGACAAUUUUUUCAUCUCCAGUAUGGCUGACAUGUUGAAGACUGUUAAAGAGAUUCGAAACGAUGACAAGCAAGGCACAUCUUUGCUGUGUGAUACUUGUGACGAUGACUGUCGCAAGUCAGCAAUAUCACGAUGUCUGGAUUGCACAGAUUUUUUAUGCACCGAUUGUUCCAUUUGGCAUAGACGGACAAAACUUACUCGGCGUCAUAAAAUUGUAUCACUAUCUGAACUAGAAUCCGGAAUACAUAACGAAGAACUAAAAAGCAGAGCCAAAAUAUACUGUACGAUUCACGAGGGAGAAGCUGCAAAAAUAUACUGCCAAACUUGCAAAUGCGCAAUAUGUCACGAUUGUGUGGAUUCAGACCAUGCAGGACAUGACAGGUGCAUGCUGAAAGACGAAGUUCAUAAUCAAAGCGGACAAAUCGAAAAACUUUUGACUUCUGGCAAAAGCAAAACAGAAGUGCUUCAAGAUAUGCAAAAGAGUAUUCAAGAAAUUGCAGAAAUGAAACAGCGAUCUUUAGAAAAGGCCGAAUGGAAGAUAAUAAAAACCUGUGGCACCCUUGUGGCAGAAAUUGAACGGCAAAAAGAUGACCUCAUCAAGAAAAUACGUGCCAUGCAUGAUCUCGAUGUUAAAAAACUCCAAGCUGAUACAGAGUCUGUCGAUUUACAAAUGAACUCAUUGUCAUCAUGCGCCGAGUUUUCUAGGAAGGUUUUAGAAUAUGGAACACCAAAGGAAGUACUUGGAUUAAACAAUCAAAUGACGCAAAUUUUGCAACAAUUACUGGAAACUCAUCCUGCAAUAAAAUAUCAUAAAGAGCAAGAUACCAUGGCACUUGAUUAUAAAUUCAACAUAGAAAAUUUAAAAUUAUUGGACAACAUCUUUGGAAAAAUUGAGUUUGUGCCAAAACCAUUCACUGGUCCAGUAAUCAAGGUACUUCGAGCGGUAGAUGCAUUUUGUGUUGGAGAACAAGUCGUUGCUUCUCCUGUUGGUGAACAAUUUAUGCGAAUGGAUUCUGUUGAAACAACAAAACUACUAAAACAGAUAGGAAAGCAGGGCGAAGAAGAUGGCGAAUUUGAAUCCACGCCAAACAUUGCAGUAAACUCAGUUGGGGAAGUAAUGACAUCUGACACGGACAGCUGCAAGAUUCAAAUUUUUGAUCCUCAUGGCGAUUUUAAGGAUUCUUUUAAAACUAAGAUCAACGGUAAAAUACUUCGUCCAUCCGGUAUUGCAGUUUUGCGAAACGACGAUAUUGCAGUUUGCUGCGAGGAUCAAGUCUACAUAUGGACGCAUGAAGGGAAGCCUGUACUUGGAUUUGGGAAAGGAAUUUUUGUGAAUUGUAAUAGCAUUGCUACCGAUGACAAGAAUAGAAUUAUUGUUUCGGAUAUAUCUCAGAGAAUGAUAACAAUAUUCAGAUCUGAUGGUACACUCAUCGGCAAGUUUGGUGCAGGAGCUGGAGUGAACGACAAAAAAUUUGUCGAGCCGCGGUACGUUGCAUGCGAUUCGCAAAACAACAUAAUCAUUUCGGACAGCGGAGAUUGCACAAUAAAGAAAUUUACUCAUAAGGGAGAGUUGGUUUGUAUGUUUGGAGAAGAAGGAUCCGAGCCCGGACAACUUCAAGGACCUAGAGGAGUAUGCGUUGAUGAAAAUGAUAACAUUCUUGUAGCCGACUGUUGGAAUCACAGAGUUGAUUUAUUCACUCCUGAUGGAGUUUUCAAAAAACAUAUUGUAACAGAUGUUGACGGACUACACUUUCCAGAAGCAGUUGCCCUAACUGCAGUUGGUAAAUUGGUGCUUUCAGAAGAUUACAGUUGGUCAGUGAAAAUGUUUUCCCUCCCAGAAUACCAAGUAAGAUCCCCGUCGGUUUCAUCAGGGAAGAGCGUGACGUCGCCAACUGUGUUAAUAAAAGAUUUGGAGCAAUUGGCUGGAAAAUUUGACAUGACAAUAUUUUGAAUAGCAAAAUUACUCGAUGGCUCAACUCACCGUCCGCAAAUAGCAGUGAUUUAUCUCAGACAUUGAAAAUUACUAGCACGAGAGACUUUACUGCAAGAGAGAAGAUGGCUCGUAGGCCGGGCAGAAGCAAAUCCUUGACAAGUAAAGUUUCAUUACCCAACGACACAAAUACAUUCAACCGAGCUGUGCCGUUUGCAACUUCUGUCGAUCAAGGGACACCAGAUAGCGAGUCGGAUAAUUUACUUCAACAAGACAGGAAAAUGCAUGGCGCAAACGGCGAAUUAUGAAAUCAACGAAAUUUAUUAUUUACUCCUUAAUUCUUUUUGUUCCGUCAUCAUCGCCAUGUUAGAGAAUAGUUCAAUAUUUUGUUCACGUCAUGAAAAAACACACACAUUCUUUUUUGAUUAAAAUAUCAUUUGAGCCAGUAUUUGAGGAAUUUUAUCACAACAACAUAAAUCUAAUUUUAAUCAUCACUGAAUAGAAGUGCCUACUGCCUAUACAAAAGAAGUUUUGUACAAUUAGGUAAUCUCGCUGAAAUCGGUAUUAUUGAAAUGUGACACGACAAUUUUGUAAUAAUAUGAGCUAUUAUGGUGCACAAUUUAUUUUAUAUAAAUAUUUUAAUUAUGAGACUCAAAAUUAUAUUUUACUUAUAUUAUAGGAAAGGUAAUAAUAUUUUAGACAACGACCGCAAGGGAACAACGUAAAAAUUUAUAGUUAUACUAACAUUUUAUUAUUAUUAUGUUACAAUUGUUCUUACAAA